CGGUAUCCAAUUUCAUGAUAACUAACAGAAUAUCAUUAGUGCUUGACUUAAUUCUUGAAAAAAAUGCCUUAUAAUAUUGACGAUGAUGUGGAGCAAAAAAAUGAAGAUGGGAAAGCAAUCAUUAAAGAAAAUUCAUGCAAGACAACCAUGGCCUUCUUCUGUCUGCUGGCUAUACUACUUUUCCUACUAGGGAUUAUUGUGUUCCUUCUAUAUUCAACUGAACCUUUCUCCACAAAUCUUAAUAACAAUAUAGUCCAGAAUCCGGAAUCUCUGCAUACCGCCGCCCAUAUUUUGGGUUCCAUAGAUUUUACCCAGGAACCCUGUGAAAAUUUUUAUGAUUAUGCAUGUGGGAGAGCUAUCAUUGAGGAGAGACCAUUGGACAUUUUCACUACCAAAUACUUGAAUGAAGAGAAUAAACCUCCGUUCUUGAAGAAAUUCCAGAAUUUUUAUGAAUCCUGCCUCAAUCACGAAGUUAAGAUUGAUUAUGACAACCGAACCCAUAUUGCGAAAUCGCUACUAGAAAGAGUAGGUUCGAUCAUACUGGACCGUGAAGUAGAAUCGGAUUAUAAUUUUACGAAAUUUAUAGCAGACAUAAUUCUUCAUCAAUCAUUGCCUCUUUUCGAUGUAGGUCUAGAUAUGGACCCAAAUAAUGCAACGUUCACACUGAAAUUGAUGCUUCCUGAUCAAACAUCACUCCAUCUAGGUCAUUGGUCGACUCUUUCUGAAACUAAGAGGAAAUGUUUAAAAGAAUAUUCAAGAAAGGUGGAUGAAUCUCAAGAGAAAAAAAUUAAUAUCACAGUUAUCUACCAAUCUUUUGAGCUGUGUCAAAAGAAUUACAGUGACUAUUUAGACUCCAUAACCAAUUCAAUACUGGAAUUAGACUUUUUCACAAACAGGUCAGACAGUGAGAUCACUGCCAGGGUCAGAAGUAUAAGAGUUUUCAUAGAAAUGGAAAUAUUAUCGCAAUUAGAUGAUAUACCAACAACGUCCAAUUUGGAAGAAAGUUAUAUCAAGUAUCAAUUCAUUGAGAAAUCAGUUGGACAAUUGCAGGAAGAUUUUCCAAAGAUUGACUGGGAAAUACUUUUUGCAAUACUUACUAACAAAACUAUAAAUAGGGAAACAAUCAUACAUUUAUACGAUGAGGAAAAUUUGGAAUCAAUUUUCAGAAGAAUUUCUUCCGCAGAAAAUAGGAAAUUAAACAAUGCAUUUUUGACUUUAUUAGGAGAUAACUUAUUCGAGUCCACUGUUAUAUCUUCUCACAGACAUAGUCGUGAAAAAUAUUGUAGAGACCAAACCAAAGAACUCAUGCCUGAUAUUGUCAAUUACCUCCAUAAAGUCAUUGCUGAAGCAGAAAUUGUACAGAAAAAAAAUGAAAUUAUAAAGGAAAUGUUCGAAAAUCUGAAGAGAGAGUUUACAAACACUUUACAACAAAGGUCGUGGCUUGAUAACGCAUCGAAAACCUCUAUUACAGAAAAGUUGAAUGAUUUAGAAUUGGUACUAUUCGAAACUGUGGAUAUUGAACAAGAGAGAUUGUACUUGGAAAAAGUUUAUGAAUCUAUAGAUAUUUCGCGAGGAAAAUAUCAACACAAUUAUUUUGAUUUGAUGGCAUUUAAAAGGAGAAAAAUUUUUUCACUAAUGGGUGAACCAUUGUCACCUCAAAAUGUGUGUAGAACUUAUGUAGAUCCUACAAAAGAAGAACCAAUAUCUUUUCAUGUAACCAACAUCGUAUGUGUUCCAUUUGGUUUUUACAAAUAUAUAAGAGAUGAUAUUCCACCAUAUUUGAUUCAUUCCAAAGUGGGAUUUGCUUUGGCCAAAGUAAUUGGACGUGCAUUCGAUAGCAUCGGUAUAGAUUAUGGAGUUGAUUUGGCUAAUUAUACAAGAGAUUCCUACCAGAUGUUUGUUGACAGAACUAAUGUUAUAUUAAAUCUCAUGAACCCUAUGAAAUUUGGUGACAAAUUGCUGUUCUUCGAUUUGAAUGAAGGCUUAUCAGAAAGUGACAGGAUAGCAGAUAACACUGCCAUGAAACUCAUGGAACAUGAUUUCCCUAGUUUUGAAGAACAAGCUAUGUUGCCGUUGAUUCCUCAGAACUUCAAUAGACAAAAAUUAUUCUUUCUGCAUCUAGUGCAAGGUUGGUGUCGACGAAUAAGUGUGAUGGAUUUCACGGUUCAAGCUCAUGAAAGUCACGUAUUACCUCCGAAGUUGAGAGUCGCAAAUAUCUUGGGCAAUUCGUUAGAGUUUUCGAAAACUUUCGGCUGUAAACCUGGUUCUGAAAUGACAAGGUUCAAUGAAAGCCUUCAGUUUCCGUACUUAUCAUGAUGUUAUGACUUUUGUUUUGACCAUGUAAUCUGAUUAAACAAAUUGUAAUCACUAUUAUCUAAUAUUAUAUUAGUUGAUAAACGUUAAUAACGUA